ACGUAGUCGACAAGGCUUUCAAACCCUAUCUGCACUGUAUAGAAAUCCGCGUGCGCGUACAGGCGUAUUUGCAGUCAGGCUCGUGAACCACAGAAAAUCCUCGUAGACGUGUUCAGUCCGCAGAUAUCUGUUGGCCGUGUUCUCCUGACCAAGGUUUGAUCGACGAUAGCACAAUCCUAUGACCACUCCACAAGGACCACGGAAUACUGCCGCUAGCUAACAAUUUAGCACAACAACUAGCUACGAUACUGUCUCAACUUUAAUCCUCCGGAAAAAGUGAAGAACUGUCCGGCUCCAAUAUGUCUGUAGCGGGCUUCAAGAAGCAGUUUUAUAAAGCCAGCCAGAUGGUCAGUGAGAAGGUCGGUGGUGCAGAGGGAACCAAACUGGAUGAAGACUUCAAAGAUUUGGAAAGGAAAGUAGAUGUGACCAACAAAGCUGUGGUGGAGGUCAUCUCCAAAACCUCUGAGUAUCUGCAGCCCAACCCAGCAUCGCGGGCAAAGCUGUCAAUGUUGAACACCAUGUCUAAGAUCAGAGGCCAGGUGAAGAACCCUGGGUAUCCCCAGGCCGAGGGCCUGCUUGGAGAGUGUAUGGUGAAGUACGGCCGGGACCUAGGGGAGGAAACCAACUUCGGUGGGGCUCUAGUUGACGCUGGGGAGACCAUGAAGAGGCUAGCAGAGGUCAAAGACUCUCUAGACAUUGAUGUCAAACAAAACUUCAUCGAUCCAUUACAGAACCUGUGUGACAAGGACCUCAGAGAGAUACAGCACCAUCUGAAGAAGCUGGAGGGCAGGCGUCUGGACUAUGACUAUAAAAAGAAGCGCCAGGGAAAGAUCCCAGACGAGGAGCUGAGACAGGCCCUGGAGAAGUUCCACGAGUCUAAAGAGGUGGCAGAGACCAGCAUGUACAACAUACUGGAGACUGACAUAGAGCAGGUCAGCCAGCUGUCAUCUUUGGUCGAGUCCCAGUUGCAGUACCACCGACAGGCCACACAGAUCCUGGAGGAGCUCUCGGAUAAACUCAGGGAUAGGAUGAACGAGGCCCAAAACCGACCACGUCGCGAGUACACGCCUAAGCCCAAACCCAUCUUUGAUUUUGAAAGCGACAACCAAUCAACCAAUGGUGGUUACCAAAGCUCUGUGGCACCACCGGCCUCCCGCAACUCUGAGUCACCCUUCCUCCACGCACGAUUGUCAUUUCGCAAAAUGAGACUCUCAGACCAGCCCUGCUGUAAGGCCCUGUAUGACUUUGACCCAGAGAACGAAGGAGAGCUUGGCUUCAAGGAGGGCGACAUUAUCACACUGACCAAUCAGAUCGACGAGAACUGGUAUGAAGGCAUGCUGCACGGCCAAUCAGGAUUCUUCCCCCUCAACUACGUGGAAAUCGUUGUCCCCCUGCCACACUAGAAUGGUCUGUUGAGAAGGUGGGGGGCGGGGGGCGG